UUAUCCCCGGCUCUUUCAAGAAUCGCUGUCGCCAGUCGCGACUUCUUUGAUCUAUUCCAGAGAGAUCAGAGAAGCCUGGUACCCACCUGGUCAUGGGGAUGUCUAUAGGUGCCUCUUUAAAUCGGGUUUGUUGAACCAUUUUCUCCACGAGGGCAGGACCUGGGCAUUUAUUUCAAAUAUUGACAACCUCGGAGCCACAGUCGAAACGAGGGAAGUAGAUGCCAUUUAA